AUGGAUUUUGAUAAGGCAUUGAUCAGAGCUAAAGAAAUUGCAAGUGAGAUGGAAAUUGCAGUUGAAUUUCGUGAAAAGAGACCCAUUAAGAAGAAGAAGCAUUUUGACGAAAGCGACAGUGACAAUGAAGAGGUGACACAAGCUGCUCUUGAAUCAUUUAAGGUUGGUUACUUGUAUUAUAUUAUUGAUCAAGCACUUUCUUCACUUCAAAGUAGAUUUGAACAGUUUAAGAAAUAUGAAGAAGAUUUUGGACUUUUAUUCAAGUGGGAGAAGUUGAAGUCCACAGAUGAUGAAACAUUGAUGAACUUUUGUAUGAAUCUUGAAAAGUUGUUCAAGGAUGGUGAUGAAUAUGACAUUAUUGGGGCUGAAUUAUUUGAAGAGUUGAGCUAUUUGAAAGGGUCUAUACCAAAAGAAGUACGAAGAGCAGUUGAUGUGUUGAGCUACUUGAAGCAAAUGGAUGGUUGUUACCCAAAUGCUUGGAUUGCUUACAAACUUUUGUUAACCAUACCUGUUACUAUUGCAUGUGUUGAGAGAAGCUUUUCGAAGUUAAAGUUGAUCAAAUCUUAUCUUCGAUCAACUAUGUCUCAAGAAAGACUGAAUGAUUUGGCUAUGUUAUCGAUUGAAAAGGAGUUUGCGGAAAAGCUUGAGUGUUCGUGCUUAAUUGACACUUUUGCUUCCAAGAAUGCAAGAAGGGCAAUUUUUAGUAAAAUGUACUGA